CUCACUCAAACUCAACUUCAUUUGUUAUCUCUCUAUCAGUCAUGUCUUCAUCUCCCGUUUGCUUUCCGACCACCACUGAAACUUCUUCAGUCCUCACCUUCAAUCUCUUUCUAUGCGUCGUCGUUUUCGUCUCCAUCUUCGCUUUUCUCCUCGCUCCCGGUGGUCUCGCAUGGGCCCUCUCUAAACCCCGGCCCAAAACCGCCAUCCCGGGCCCUUCCGGCAUCCCCUUAUUGGGCCUCCUGUUCGCUUUCACCUCUUCGUUAACACACCGAACCCUUGCUAAACUUUCUACUGCUUUUAAUGCUAAGCCUCUCAUGGCUUUCUCUGUCGGGUUGACCCGGUUUGUUAUUUCAAGCAGCCCGGAUACCGCUAAGGAGAUUCUCAACAGCUCCGAUUUUGCGGACCGGCCCAUUAAAGAAUCUGCUUAUGAACUGUUGUUUCACCGGGCUAUGGGGUUUGCACCCUAUGGUGACUACUGGAGGAGUUUGAGGAGAAUCUCGGCGACCCAUUUGUUUAGCCCGAAACGGGUUGCUGGGUUUGGGGUGUUUCGUGAAACUAUUGGGUUGAAAAUGGUGGGUCAGGUUUUGUCCACCAUGGAACAAAACGGUGUCGUGGAGGUUAAAAAGAUUCUUCACUUUGGUUCCUUAAACAAUGUCAUGAUGUCUGUGUUUGGAAGGUUGUAUGAUUUUGGUGAAAAUGGUGGUGAGGGGUGUGAGCUUGAGGAACUUGUGAGUGAAGGUUAUGAGUUGUUGGGGAUAUUUAACUGGAGUGACCAUUUUCCGGUUGUUAGUUGGUUUGAUUUGCAAGGUGUCAGGAAGAGGUGUAGGAAGUUGGUGUCUAAGGUUAAUGUUUUUGUUAAAGAGAUUAUCAUGCAACACCGAGAAAAAAGGGCUAGCGGUGCACCUUCGUCGGGUGAUUUCGUUGAUGUUUUGCUUGACUUGGAGUCGGAAAAUAAGUUUAGUGAUGGUGACAUGAUUGCUGUUCUUUGGGAAAUGAUUUUUAGGGGAACUGACACUGUGGCAAUCCUGUUGGAGUGGAUUCUUGCACGAAUGGUGUUACAUCCAGAUAUCCAAGCCAAGGCCCAAUCCGAGAUUGACCGGGUAACUGGAGGCCGGCCCGUAACCGAUUCAGACCUCGACAACCUUCCUUACCUUCAAGCAAUUGUAAAAGAGACCUUACGCAUGCACCCACCGGGCCCGCUUUUGUCUUGGGCUCGACUAGCAACCCAAGACACCGUGGUGGGCCCGCAUAUGGUUCCAGCCGGAACCACUGCUAUGGUGAACAUGUGGGCCAUAACCCAUGAUGAGCGUGUUUGGUCCGAACCCAGUCGGUUCAAUCCUGACCGGUUCUUGACCGAGGAGGUUGCGAUAAUGGGUUCGGACCUGAGGUUGGCUCCGUUUGGUGCUGGGAGGAGGGUGUGCCCGGGGAAAGCACUGGGCAUAACUACGGUUCAUCUGUGGUUGGCUCAAAUGUUGCAGAAGUUCAAAUGGGUCGAAGCGGGUUCGGUUGAUUUGUCCGAGUGUUUGAAGCUGUCUUUGGAGAUGAAGAAGCCGUUGGUGUGCAGGGCUGUUGGCAGGGCUUGAUGUGGUUAUUGUUAAGUGUUGCAUGAAUAUUAAGUACGUGUAGUUAAUACGAUAUUAGUAGUAUUAAGUGUGUGGUUUGGGGACUCUUAAGAAGUUGGGUAACAUAACAUGGGCUUCUUGCAUAGAGGCCAUUUGGUUUUGUGACGUAUGAAUGUAUGGCCUCUAUAAUAUAAUUAAUAUUUAUGUGGUUACGUGAUU